AUGAAAAGUUUUGAGAGUUCUAUUAAAUAACAUAUUCCAUAAUAAAUUAUACGAGCUGCAGAGAAAUUUGAAUCACUAUUUGUAAAAGAGACACAACAUCAUUAAUCUUAAAUCUUAUACUUUAAGAUUAUGGCAAAAGACAAUAAGAGAAUAAAAGAGCAAUUAUAAUAGGAACCUAAAAUAGGAUUGUCUGAGUUGGGCCAUUUGCAAUAAACACUAAGGAAAUCUGGAACUUUUGGAAAUGAAAACUCUUAAUCAAUCAUUCACUGCAUGCAAAUAUUGAAACCAGAAUUUGAGAGAUAAGUAUAUAUUGAUGAACUCACAACUGUUAUUAGUGAACAAAUACCUUAUGAUAAUUCCGAUUUUAUCCAUGAUUGUUGUGAUAUUAAUUUAUGA